UGUCGACCGUCAGCUGUGCGCGAGACCUUGAUCGGAAUAAAUAAAGUGCGUCCUACGAAUAAUCGGCGACAGGUAGCAUCUGUAUCUAGUGUAACUUGUGGAGUGAUUUCGCCAUGUAACAAGCAUGGGCUUUCGCGAAAAUGUCAACGGUGGCGACGACGUUACUUGGCACAGUGAAAAUAAAAUGCACCUGUACGCCCCUUCUGCUGGAGAAUCUGGACAGGAUUUCGGUGCUGUUCGCGGCGCGACUUGAGGAGCCCCGCGCCCAGAACAUCGCCAAAGACGACCUCGUCAGCUUCGAAGUGCAUUCGCUGGCUCCCAGCGGCUGCGAACGCGCCCCCAGCGCGGACUUCAUCACCAGGUUGCAGAAAUAUGUAGACGACAUCUGUGGCGAGGGAUGCCAGCGGGCCGUCGCCGCCGGCGAGGACUCCAGUUACGACUCCGACUACGAAGCGGACCCGCCUACCCGCCACCAGGAUGUGUCGCGCACGACCAGCGACACCCUGGCCGCAGAGUACGCCGAGUACGUGCAGACGACGCCGCCGCCAGACGCUUCGCCCGGCUACACCGCACGGGUGGAGUUCGCGCUGAAGCUGGGCUACACGGAGCGGCUGGUGCAGGCCGCGCUCCAGAAGCUGGGGCCGUCGCCGGCGCAGAACGAGCUGCUGGCGGAGCUAAUCAAGCUGGGGGCGCAGAAGGGGGCGUCGUGCGACAGCAGCCCGUCGGAGAGCACGCUGGACGUGGCCGACGUGCCCGGGGACCAGGGCGGGGGACACGCUCUGAGGCCGAUUGUGAUAGAUGGGAGUAAUGUGGCGAUGAGCCAUGGGAACAAAGAAAUAUUUUCGUGCCGAGGCAUCAAAAUAUGUGUCGACUGGUUUAAAUCCCGCGGCCAUAAAGACAUCACCGUAUUCGUACCGAAAUGGCGAAAAGAAGCACCCCGUCCAGAUAACCCGAUCCGCGACCAAGACAUCUUGGCCGAACUAGAAAGAGAAAGACUGCUGGUAUUCACUCCGUCGCGUUUAGUCGGAGGCAAAAGAAUGGUCUGCUACGACGACCGGUACAUCCUCCGACUCGCCGCCGACGUAGACGGAAUCGUAGUGAGCAACGACAACUACCGAGACCUCUGCCAAGAAAGCACAGAAUUCCGAAAAGUAGUAGAAGAGCGAAUAUUAAUGUACAGUUUCGUGAACGACCGCUUCAUGCCUCCGGACGACCCCCUCGGUCGCUCCGGUCCCACCCUGGACAACUUCUUGCGAACGCAACCGAAAAAGGGCGACCCGCCGCCGCCGUGCCCAUACGGCAAGAAGUGCACGUACGGGAACAAGUGCAAGUACCACCACCCAGAACGAGGGCCCUUUCCGCACAAGAGCGUAAUCGAGCGCUUGUCGGAGCACGCGCAAAGACACCUUCAAGCCAGGGAAGGGGACAUCAGGAAGACGCCGUUGGGACGCACACGGUCCAACGUCCCCCCGCCGAAGGAGGUGCAGCAUGCCAUCGUCUCGAAGAGCAGAAGCGUCGACAACGUCGGUUCGUCCUCCCAGCAGCAGCCCCAGACCGAAAACCUGCACAGGAAACUGCAAAGACAGCUCACGUUGAACCCCACUUCCGAUCCGAGGUUGCUGAGGAGGUACGUGCCUCAGCCGCAGCCUCAACAGUACAUGGCUCCACCCAACUGGGACAUGCACCAGCACGUGACGCGGAUAGCGUCGGCGCCGGACUCGUACAGACCGUGGCCACCGGCGGCCCACGCCCAGCACAGACACAUGCAGAGGAUGUCGAGUUGCUCCGAUCCACAAUUGAACGUUUGGCCACCGGUGUGGUCACAAGGCGGGCCCCCGCCGCCUCCCACGCUGCAGGAGGACGCGAGGCGAAAGUUGCAUUAUCAUCUAGCGGCGAUAUUCCCGGAAGAACAGGUGACGCAAGCGAUGAGAAUGUACCCGGAUGAGACCAAUCCCCAGAAGAUAUGUGCGGCGAUAUUGUCGAUGUUUCCGAAGACCUAGUAGGGUUUGGUGGGAUGUUGAAGAGUGGCGUAGGGAAGUAGAAAUUGCUCAUUUUGAUGAAAGUAGGAUCUGAUGUUGCGGAUUGUUUGUUGUCAGAGUUUCGUGUUCUUUCUGACAACAAUUUAUUGAUUUUGCAGUUGGCACUUGGAGAAAAUAUUCGAUGUAUAAAGUUUGGUGGAAAACCAGCUUUUAUGACAGUUUCUAGUGCAAUUUUAAAAUUAUACGCGAAGAAAAUUACUGACGGUGCCGCUGAGGGUCACAAUCACGUGACGUCAGAGACUUAAGUUUACAUUAAAGAAAAGUGACCUGAGCUAAGUCCACUGACUGUCACUUCAGAACAUUUCUUUCGCAUAUAAAUAGAAAGUUGCACGUUUAUAAAAUUGUGUGGAUAACAGUCCCAGUAACGGGUCACUUAAAGACCUUAGAAAACUAAUUUUUCCGCAUGCGCAUUGCACACCUUAUAUAAGUAUACAUAAAAUAUAAAAACUGCGAUACGACUAAACGUGAAAAAUUCAUACAACGUACGAAACGCAAAAGUAUGCCAAAAUGCAACUAAAAAGUCUGA